GCCUGCGCAGUGUCGGGGGGUGGCUGCUCGGGGCUGUCAUGGCGGCGUCUCUCCUCUCCAGGAUAACAUUGGGGUCGACCGGCAGGACCGCGGCCUCCAGGGUAUUUGGGGCGUCGUUAAAUGUUGGGAAUGAAGUCCAGCAGCAACACCAAAGAAAUCUGUCCCUUCAUGAAUACCUGAGUAUGGGUUUAUUGAAGGAUGCAGGAAUUUUUAUCCCAAAAGGGCAAGUUGCCAGUAGUGCUGAUGAAGCUUUCAGUGUUGCCAAAACAAUAGGGUCAAAUGAUCUGGUGGUGAAAGCUCAGGUUCUUGCAGGAGGCAGAGGCAAAGGAGAAUUUGAAAGUGGCCUGAAAGGGGGCGUGAAAAUAGUUUAUUCCCCAGAGGAAGUCCAGGAAAUUGCUUCACAGAUGAUUGGAAAAAAAUUAUUUACCAAACAAACUGGAAAAAAAGGGAGGAUGUGUAACCAGGUGUUUAUCUGUGAGCGCAGAUAUCCUAGAAGAGAAUACUAUUUUGCUAUCACCAUGGACAGAUCACAUCAAGGUCCUGUUCUUAUUGGUAGCAGUCAAGGAGGAGUUAACAUUGAAGAUGUGGCAGCAGAUAACCCAGAUGCUAUUAUCAAAGAACCAGUUGACAUUAUGGAGGGAAUUAAAAAGGAACAGGCAAUCAAGGUUGCCCAAAAGAUGGAUUUCCCAGCUGUCCUGAUAGAGGAUGCUGCUAACGUUGUUAUGCGGCUGUAUGAAAUCUUCAUGAAAUACGAUGCCACCCUGAUUGAGAUAAACCCUAUGGUGGAGGAUUCGGCAGGAGUAGUAAUGUGCAUGGACGCAAAGAUAACAUUUGAUUCCAAUGCUGCAUUCCGUCAAAAGAAAGUAUUUGACUUGCAAGACUGGAGCCAAGAAGAUGAAAGGGACAGAGAGGCAGCAAGAGCAGACCUUAACUACAUUGGAUUAGAUGGCAACAUCGGCUGUUUGGUGAAUGGUGCAGGGUUGGCUAUGGCAACCAUGGAUAUUAUAAAACUCCAUGGGGGUACUCCAGCGAAUUUUUUGGAUGUUGGUGGUGGAGCAACAGCCCAGCAAGUCACAGAGGCCUUCAAACUUAUAACUUCUGACAACAAAGUUCAGGCGAUUCUGGUGAACAUAUUUGGUGGCAUUAUGCGUUGUGAUAUAAUUGCUAAAGGAAUCAUUGCUGCUGUUUCAGAUCUGCAUCUGAAAAUUCCCAUUGUUGUCCGGUUACAAGGCACACGUGUUGAUGAUGCAAAGGCAUUGAUUGCUUCAAGCAGCCUGAAGAUCCUUGCCUGUGAUGAUUUGGGAGAUGCUGCUCGAAUGGUUGUAAAACUUUCAGAAAUUGUUUCGCUGGCAAAAGAGGCACACAUCAAUGUGAACUUCCAACUGCCAAUUUAACAAAAGUCUUCCAACAAUUACAAAACAGCUAAUUUAUUUUUCACGUACUUUUGUUUCUUCACGUAGUUUCUGAAUAAAAGAAGCAUGUUUAACAGCU